CCUCAAGAUUCCACGCCAUGACGCUAUCACGAGACUCGACCAAGGUGGUCAUUGUUGGUGGAGGCGGCACAAUGGGCUCCUCCACGGCUCUGCACCUGAUACGCUCCGGAUACACGCCGUCCAACAUCACCGUUCUCGAUGUUUACCCAAUUCCUUCGGCACAGUCGGCUGGAUGCGACUUGAACAAGAUCAUGAGCGUUCGACUACGGAACAAGGCUGAUUUGCAGCUGUCGCUUGAGGCGUUGGACAUGUGGAGGAACGAUCCAUUGUUCAAGCCCUACUUUCACAAUGUCGGCCUGGUUGACUGCUCGUCAUCCAAAGAAGGUAUCGCGGAACUUAAAGAAGAACUCAAGACUAUAAUCGACGCAGGUGUUGGUCUAGACAAGGCAAGCAGCUGGCUUGAAAGUGAGGACGAAGUCUUGGCCAAAAUGCCAUGGUUCACAAAGGACCACGUCAAGGGAUGGAAAGGCUUGUUUACCACUAACGGUGGGUGGCUGGCAGCCGCCAAGGCCAUCAACUCCAUCGGCAGCUUUCUCAGAAGCCAGGGUGUGCAAUUUGGGUUCGGAGGGGCUGGUACCUUUAAACAACCUCUCUUGGCCGCCGACGGAUCAACAUGUAUUGGUGUUGAGACAGUUGAUGGCACCCAGUAUCUCGCUGACAAGGUCAUUCUCGCUGCCGGUGCAUGGACACCGGCGCUGGUAGAUCUGGAGGGCCAAUGCGUGUCCAAGGCCUGGGUCUUGGCCCAUAUCCGGUUGACCCCCGAGGAGGCAGCUCGAUACAAGAACAUUCCCGUAGUGUACGAUGGUGACUAUGGAUUCUUCUUCGAACCCAACGAAGACGGCAUCAUCAAGGUCUGUGACGAGUUCCCAGGAUUCACACACUUCAAGAAGCAUCAGCCCUUUGGCGCCGCCCAUCCCAAGUUCAUCUCAGUUCCCCGGUCGCACGCCAGCCAUCCCACCGACACGUAUCCAGAUGCCUCCGAGGCCACCAUUCGAAAGGCCAUGGCUCGAUUUUUGCCAGAUUUCCGAGACAGGAAGAUAAUAGACCGAGCCAUGUGCUGGUGCACCGACACGGCCGACGCCAACCUUCUCAUCUGCGAGCAUCCUAGGUGGAAGAACCUGAUCCUGGCGACAGGAGACAGCGGGCGUAGUCACUCCUUCAAACUGCUACCUAACAUUGGCAAGCAUGUCGUCGAGCUAUUGGAGGGCACUCUAUCUCAACAGCUUGCCGAGGCUUGGAAGUGGAGGCCCGGAGGCGACGCGCUCAAGUCUCGACGUGCAGCCCCUGCCAAGGAUCUUGCGGACAUGCCAGGAUGGAAGCAUGAUGCGCGACUAUAG